CAUGUCACGCUAAUUAUAAGGUUCCAACAAUAUAUACAUUUAAAGACUACAAAUUCCAUUCUAAAAGAAAAUAAAAAAGAAGAAAGAAAGCAAAAAGGCAGCAAAUUCCAGAAUUCUCCUAUCCUUGAAGGAUGAAGCAGCAAAUACAAAAGAUUCUCUCUUCCCCACAAAACAAAACCCCUUUGUUCUUCUUCUUCUGUGUAGGCGUCAGCCAUGGCAUCUCUCCCUCCAAAUCACUUUCAGCAAUUUCUUCAGCAGCCACCCUCUCAGCCGCAGCAACAAUCAAAAUCAUUCAGGGAUAUGUAUAACAGCAACGUCGACGGCCAGAUUUCGCAGCAAGUGCCCUACUUCAACACCCCCAAUCUUCUCGAUCAUCACCCCCCUUACAUCCCUCCUUUUCAUGUUGCGGGGUUGGCGCCCGGCCCGGCCCACGAGGAGAACGGGCUGGAGCCUCAGUGGAAUAUCGGGCUCGAGGCCAAGAAAAAGCGGCCAAUUGAGCAAGUUUUUCUGGAGAACAAUCUGAAUAACAACAAUAGCAACAAUAAUUCUCAGAUAUCUUCUGUGGAUUUGUUGCAGGCCCGGUCAGUGUCAACCGGGCUGGGCCUUUCGUUGGAGAACCCCAGAUUGACGUCUUCAGGUGACUCGGCGUUGCUCGGGCUGGUCGGGGAUGCUCUUGAUCGUGAGCUGCAGAGACAGGAUGCUGAAAUUGAUAGAUACAUUAAACUUCAGGGCGAACGCUUGCGACAAGCAGUUCUGGAGAAGUUCCAAGCAACCCAACUCCAGACUAUGUCAUACGUGGAAGAGAAGGUCUUGCAAAAGCUUCGGGAGAAAGAGGCAGAGGUAGAAGACAUCAACAAAAAGAAUGUGGAGCUUGAGCUGCGGAUGGAACAGCUCGCCUUGGAGGCAAAUGCUUGGCAACAACGUGCGAAAUAUAGCGAAAACAUGAUCAACACGCUCAAGCACAACCUGCAGCAGGUUUAUGCGCAAAGCAGGGACAGUAAAGAAGGGUGUGGAGAUAGCGAGGUUGACGACACGGCCUCAUGCUGCAAUGGCCGUCCGGCCGACUUCCAGCUCCUCCGCAAGGACAGCAGCGAGAUGAAGGAGUUGAUGACGUGUAAGGUGUGUAGAGUGAACCAAGUGUGCAUGCUUUUGUUACCUUGUAAACAUGUAUGUUUGUGUAAAGAAUGUGAAAGCAAGUUGAGUGUGUGUCCAUUGUGUCAGUCCUCCAAGUACAUAGGCAUGGAGAUUUAUAUGUAAUUGGAUUAUGUGAAUCUAACCCUGACUCUAUCUUGUCCUAAUUGACUUGCUUCUUAGACUGCUUCAUCAA